AUGAUAGACAAUGCGCCACACACUGCAUCGCACGGACCCAGCGCGCACAGCCAUGAUCACAACAGCGAUCCAGCUCGAGUCGCACUCAAGCACGGCGCCCCCUUCUUUGGUCGUGUCGAUGACCAUGGCGCUGCAGACUUUGCACUCGCUACCUCGUACCGUCCGGCGAGCAUCCCGCCCGAGACCAACGCCGACAACUCGAGCUAUUCUGAGGACCACUCCGAGCUUGGCUCUGAGAUGAUCGCUGCGGCAGACCAUGCGCGAGAGCCCUAUUCUCUCACCCCCUCAGCUGGGGUCACUAGCUUCUCGGACAGCAAGCCGCGUACCGGCUCAUCGUCAACUGCGCGAAGGCCGUCGGUGCACUCCUUUCUCAAGCCUUCCGUGCAUCAGCCGCCCGCAAUGCUGCAAGACGUGCCGAUGCAAGUCUUGCCUUCUAGGCCGCCUUCCAGUCAAGGCCACGACAGUGUCCAGGAGCGCGAUUCGAGUGUCAACCUACCUGCCGGCGAGCCCGCACAGCUUGCGCUUGCCUCCCAGCAAGCGCGCCCUGGCAUUCUGCCCAGCUUGCUUGCAGAGAUCAGCUUCAUCAUCAUCUGUUCGAUGGGACAGUUUCUGUUCGCAUCCCUGGUGGGAAAUAUGACGGUGACCCAGGCCUUGCUGGUGGACCACACCUUCUCCCUUCCAAAGAGCCAGGCGCCGUGGCUCAACGGCGCCUACCUCCUCAGCAAUGGGCUGAGUGUCACCAUCAGCGGGUCACUGGCUGAUAUCGUGGGCGCGCGUUCGCUGAUCAUCGGCGCACUAGCCUGGAUGUGCGUGUGGUGCGUGAUCGGUGUCUUUUCAUUCCGGUCCUUCCUCCUCUUCUGCGUCGUGCGCGCCAUGCAAGGACUGUCCGUUGGUGCGCUCACCUCAUCGUCCAUGUCCUACCUUGGGCGCGUUUACAAGCCAGGCCUCCGCAAGAAUCGCGUCUUUGCGCUCAUGGCAAGCCUCUCCCCCUUCGGCUUUGUGCUGGGCUGCAUCCAGGGCGGCGCUCUCUCUGGGCACCUGCCGUGGAUUUUUGGGAGUAACGCCAUCAUUGUCGGCGCCAUCCUGGCCGCGGCAGUACGCUACGCCCCGACAGAGCAGGCGAUGCGUGCUCAUGAGCACUCCUCGGGUGCUGCCGCCAGUCAGCCGCCGCGCAAGUUCGACUACAUUGGUGCAGCCCUCGCCAUCUGCGGAUGCGGCCUGCUCGUCUUCGGCCUCACGCAGGGUGCCUCUGCCGCCUGGUCUCCGUACACGUACGCCAGUGUGCUAGCUGGACUUGCUUUCUUUGGCCUGUUUGCGUGGGUCGAGGCGCGCAUCGCCCAGCCACUGGUGCCGCCCUCUCUAUGGAAGAUCAAAGGCUUCGUGCCGCUGGCUACCUGCUACUUCCUCUCCUUUGGCGGGUUCAGCGCAUGGCAGUUCUACGCGUGCCAGUAUUGGCUGCGCGUGCAGAACGUCAGCCCACUGACCGCGUCCUUGUACCUGUUGCCAAACGCCUUUGUCGGCGUCAUCGCCACCUUCAUUGUUGCGCGUCUGUUCCAUAUCGUUCCUGGCCAUUUAAUCCUUGGCGCCGGCUGUCUCGCCUCGGCAAUGGGCCCAGCCUUUUUUCUCCCGCAGCGACCACAGACGUCCUACUGGGCCUUAUCCAUGCCAGGCGUUGCCGUCUCAACUUUCGCACCGGACCUGAGCUUCGCAGCUGCCAGCAUCUGGAUCACCUCCAACGUCUCGCGUCGCCACCAGGGCGCCGGCGCAAGCUUGCUCAUCACGCUGCAAAACCUCAGCAGUGCAGUGCUCACGUCGCUGAGCGAGACAAUUGGUGUCGCCGUCGAGCAGCAUGGCUGGCCUGUGCGCACAGCACCAGCGUUGACUGCCGCGGAAAAGGCGGCAAGCAGUGUGAGCUUGGAUGUUCUUCAUGCCAUCUGGUGGUUCAACUUUGCCGUUGGCAUUACCGCACUCCUGCUCGCUGUUUUUACCCUGCGCAUUCCGAAGGCAGAGGAAAAGGAGCACAUUCAAUAG